AGUAAGAUUGUGAAAAAUUAUAUUUGAAAGUUAUUGCACUACUGAUUGAUGAUUCGAAAAAAUUACAAUUUCCAACUGAUUUUAUGCGUUGCGUUUAUUAUACAAACCAAUGGACAAAUGGUUGCUUCCAACGCUAUAAGGGCGCCCAUUCUUUUGGGCGCUCCAUCCCAUGUGAUAAGUGGUGAACAUAUAUCGUUAGGAUUUUAUGCAGCCGUAGAAUCGGGUGAUUUUGCAAAAAAUGAUUUGCAGAGUUUGCUUCAUAAUUUUUUAGAAAAUUUGCAGAGAAAUCUGUCCACGUCAUCAAUUUUAAAUACGGUUGUGGCUAAACCAAUAGACAUUGAAAUGAAUCGAUAUCAACUGGGGAAACUAAAUGAUCUGGCCGAUUACUUUCAACACUCAUCUGAAACAGCCGGACGCUUUGCACAAAUAGCUGAGCAUCUUUUCGAGACGUCCAAGAAUGAGAGUCACUCUUUGUUGCUUAAAUUACGACAAGUUCCAUCCGCUAAACGUUUCCUGCCCACCGCUAUGAAAAUGCGUUUAACGGAUUAUUUUGCCGAAAUGGAGUUUUUUCACGUCAUGUUUUCGGAAAUUAUCGAUGAAGCUCUUGAAUAUAUUGUAGAUACUUUGCGAUCGAUUCAGAUAACUUUUUUACGCUAUGCCGACAUUCAGAGGGACACAUUGCGCACAUGGAAUUUUAAAUCAGAUGAAUGGUGCUGCAAUACCUACAUGGAUUUCCUGCAACAAUGGUCGGCACACAUUUUCAAGUGUUCGGUCAGUAGCGAUCUUCAAGUGGCAUACGAUGUUUAUGCCACUACUGAAACAUCGACCAAAUACAUCAUGCGUCAGCUAGAGUUUCGUAUACAACGUCUGUACAAUUGUUUCAUUUUUGGCAACUACGAAACGAGAUGUCAAUUUCUACGCAAACCCGAAUCUGAUUUUGAAAAACUGUUUGCAAAACUUGAUGAAUUACAACAGUAUUUCGAUAUAAAAAUAAAACGUGGACGAGUAACAAAUGAUCGUUCCAGUCGUCGCCGUCGUCAGCAAGAUGGCACCAAUCACAACGCAUUGUAUGACAAAUGUAUACCGUAUGGAUUUCCAGAUAUUCAAAUGAUGAGCAGCUUAAAAACAUGUUUUUAUUUCCCAUAUUCAAAUCAAGUUUAACGAAAUUCCAUACUGUAAAUUUGUUGAAUGUAAAGCAAGUUGUAUUUUAACAUUUUUUUAAUAAAGAUAAUGGCCCAUAA